CGACUCGUCACUGAUAUCGACGAUCGUCGCGAGAUGCUGCGCGCCGAGAUUCGCCGGCUCUGUUUUUGCGCGCGAACCGAAAUCAGCAGCGCGAAUAAUUCCGCGAUCGCGAACGCUGAUUAACAAAUUUGUUGUGACAAAAAAAAAAACGCCAAAGAAUCGUCGAAGUGACUCCGAUGUAAAACACUUGUAUGAAACAUUAUAUGCAAAUUGCUUUUUUUUUUUUUGUAAAAAAAGGAAUGAGAGAAAACAAACAGAAAUAUGAUGGAAAUCAUUUCACACAAGUGUACGUGUUUCUGCUUUUCGAUAUAGACACGAGGAGUUCAUGAUGCAACACGGGUUUGGAACCCGUAAGUCUUAGGUGAAAGCAGUGGCGUCGAAACGAAAAGUGCGUCGCGAUAAAAACUGCAAAAAAGAUGUUACAAAUUGUUUGCGCAACAUUUGUGCGUAAAUGUACGUGGAGACACAACUGUUAAUGUACAUUGAUCGAAGUAGCAGAGUGUAAAAUCGUGUCAAAUUAUUGUUGAUGCAAUUUCUGCAAAAAGUCAUCGAAUCGUACCGCUUUAAAGCGAUUGGACUUGAUUUUAUCGCGCACAAGUGCCGUUACAAAAAGAUCGUACGGAAGAAAUGAGAUUGAGGCGGAGCAGAAAUUCGCAUUAGCGAGUUUUGCGAUCGUUUGAUCGCGGUUUUAAAUAUUUGUAUCGGUAAACGUGCAACGAAGAAGACAGUGCUGCGAAUCCAUCGCUUUAACGCGGUCGGAAUAUUAGCGUUCGCGAGAUUUUUCGAGUCGAUGCCGGCAGAAUCUUUUUUGGAACAAACGUGUCCACGCCAUUGGACGCGCAAGUCGCCGGUGAACGAAUCACAUCGAAGUAAAGGGUAGAAGGUGGUGGUGACAGCGGCGUGUAUACUGGCGCGAGCGCAAAGAGGAGAACAGCACAGUUAAAAGAGCGGACGACCGGCUGUUCGGUCUUCAUCCAUUUCCAUCGUUACCACGGACGCCGCUGCAAUUGCGCACGUGCACCCGUUGCAAAAAUAUUUCCGUUUACGAUAGUGCGAUAUUUUUCGUUUUCUUUUUUCUUUCAUUACUCAUUCUUCUUUUUUAUCGCGUAUCGCCGCUUCUGUCUUAUCCACCCACGUGGACGUAACAUAUAUACAUAUACGUUUGUUAUGUCAACACAAUACGCCGGUCGAUUACAUCAGAUGGUCGAGUGGAAAUACGACUUGUGAUAAUAGAAACGCGUGUCACUAUCGAAUAAUAAUUAAAUCUGCAACACGUACACGUGCAAAAGAAUGCCGGACGUAGUCGCGCCGAUGGAGAAGACGGUUCAGCAGCCGAGUGCCGCGGGAUCCGGUAGUGAAGGUGUUAAAUUGAAAAAGGAACUUGGCUUGUGGAACGGUGUGGCGAUCAUCGUCGGCAUCAUUGUCGGCGCUGGAAUUUUUGUGUCGCCUAAAGGUGUGCUAGUGAACAGCGGCAGCGUUGGCCAGGCCCUCAUUGUCUGGAUCUUCUCCGGAAUCCUGUCGCUUAUCGGAGCACUAUGUUAUGCCGAGUUAGGUACGAUGAUUCCAAAAUCUGGUGGCGACUACGCAUAUAUCAGCGACGCCUUUGGACCAUUACUAGCAUUUCUCUAUCUAUGGGUGGCACUGUUUGUCCUGGUGCCAACAGGAAACGCAAUUACGGCACUCACGUUUGCGCAGUAUAUUCUGCAACCCGCUUGGCCAGGAUGCGAACCACCAUACGAAGCGGUGCGACUUCUGGCCGCUGUAAUCACAUGUCUGUUGACCUACAUCAACUGUUCCAACGUCAAAUGGGCGACUAGGGUACAGGACAUUUUCACCGGUACCAAGAUCUUCGCUCUGGUGAUCAUCAUGGUGGCCGGUUUAGUGUGGCUCUGCAUGGGUCACACGGAGAACUUUCAACAUCCGAUGGCCGGCACCAACACCCAGCCCGGUUAUAUCGCCUUAGCAAUUUAUUCCGGACUGUUUAGUUAUUCGGGCUGGAAUUAUCUCAACUUCGUGACGGAGGAACUCAAAGAGCCGUACAAAAAUCUUCCUAGAGCGAUUUGCAUAUCGUUGCCACUGGUAACAUUGAUCUACGUUUUUGCGAACGUCGCUUAUUUCGUCGUACUCAGACAGGAUGAGAUACUCGCAUCGAAUGCCGUUGCCGUUACCUUCGGCGAUAAGUUACUGGGCGUUAUGUCGUGGAUCAUACCGUUCUUCGUGGCGUGUUCGACAUUCGGAGCAUUGAACGGCGCGAUCUUCGCAUCGUCUAGGCUAUUCUUCGUCGGUGCCCGAAACGGACACCUUCCAACUGCCAUUGCUCUAAUUAACGUUCGCAACUUGACGCCUAUGCCAUCUCUCAUCUUCCUCUGCAUUAUCACCCUGGUGCUUCUCGUCAUAAAGGAUGUCUACGUGCUGAUAAAUUAUGUCAGCUUCGUUGAGGCUGUAUUUACCACACUCUCCGUGACCGGUCUUCUGUGGCUGCGUUACAAAAAGCCUCUUCUUCAUCGUCCCAUAAAAGUUCCUAUAAUUCUACCAGUUAUUUUCUUCGUGAUCUGCGCGUUUCUUGUUACCUUCCCGUGUUACGUGUCACCGUGGGAAGUGGGCGUAGGAAUAGGCAUAAUUUUGUCUGGCAUUCCUGUGUACUUCAUCUUCAUCGAUUGGCAAGGGAAGCCCUCGUGGCUCGUUAAUGGAUCCCAUAAUUUUAACAUGAUGUGCGCUAAACUGUUUAUGUGUGUGAAAGAAGAUAAAACCGAAUAGGGUGCGCGAACAUCGAUGUUGUUAUAAAAAAAAAAGUAUACAUUAUUACCGAACUGUGAAAUACUUUCAUUAGAUAGUCAACUUUACAUUUCACUUUCGUGAUUAUAAAGUGUCAAUUACGUCGAACAUUGUCGUCUAUUAAAUGAUCGCUUGAUUACGUAAAUAUUAAACGACAAUACGUUCGCAAACGAUACAACACUGUCGCCAACGACCAUUUUUAUAGAAAUAUAUAUAUAUUGUAUAUGACGAAUGAAUUUUUAUACGUAUACAUAUAUACAUAUAUAGAGAGAGAUAUUAACUAUUUAUUGUCUUAUCGCUUUGUGCCUUUGUUUGGCGCUUUAUUGCUGUAGUCUUAACAAAUUUGUAUUUGAGUGCCUCGAAUGAUAUUCAAACGAUGCGUUUCUCUCACAUAGAAUUUCAAAGAAACAAUAUCCUGUUAAUCUGAACAGAUAUAUUAUCAUCGGAUUAUAAUAACUAAAAAGUAUAAAAAUGAUAAUUGAAUUAACAAAUUUUACUAACAAAUCAUAUUUAAAAAUGUCAAUUAUAACGUUUUGUUUUUUAUUUAUCUUCACAUAUAAUUAUUUUGAUCGUGUAUAUCCACAAUAACAUCCAAAUCGAAGUUAUAUUAUACUUUCGAUCGCGGUAAAGUUGUACAUAUAUAGCGGAGUAUAAUUUAAAUGUUAUACAUUAGACGCGUAAAUAUAAUCCGUAUUAAUAUGUAUGUAUAUAUAAAAAAGACAUAUACAAAAUCUGUAAUUAUUUAACAUAUUGACUGCCAUGAAAACUUGCUUCAUUGUUAAUUAACUGUUAUUUUUUAAUCGCUUUUAUUGUUGAAUCAAAUGAAUUCUAUUCAAUCUUGAUUUAUCGCUAUUUUCUGAUAAAUUUAUAUGCAUUUUGAACAAAAAGAUCUUUUCUCUCACGCAAGCUAUUGUGGCAAUAUUUAUAAAAAAACAGAUUUAUAAAAACAGACAUUUUUUGUUACAUAAAAAUUAUGCACAACAACUCCCGAUUCUUAGCAUCAGAAAAUGUAUCUGCGAGUAAGUCAGUAAUCUACGAAAUAUUGACUUUAUGUUAGUUGCAGCUUGCGUGGCAGUCAAUUUGUUAUAUGAGGAAAUCUUCUAAGUGUCUUAAUUAAAUAUAUAAUUAGAUAUUUUUUUAUUUUACACAAAAUUUCUAGAUAUAUAUCUUCUUCGUAUCACAUUGCUCCUUAAAACUAUUUAAAUAUUUUUCUUCUCGUUCUUUUAAUUAUUAAUUUAAAUAUUUUUCUUUUUGGUGACAAAAUUUCAAUUUUUUAAUUUAAAUUAGAUAUAUCGUUUUUGAUACAGACUAUAUUGCACGUAUAAUAUCUGAUUGGCUGUGCGUCAUAAUGCUCAAGCACCGAUGUAGAAAAUUAUUAGAUUUGAAUGAGAACUAAUAAAUAUAAUGUGCCUUGUAUGCAAAUACUUUCUGAAAACAGGUCAAACUAUUGUAAAAAAAAAAAAAAAAAAAAAAAAAA